UUCCACAUUCUCUCUCUCCUGCCAGAUCAGCCGAGGGCUCUGCUCGGUCGAUGUUUUAAAAGCACCGAUACACACACACACGCCCUCCCGCUGUCCUUCUCUCUCGGUCCCCGCCUGCGAGCGAGGAGGAGCCUGCGCUGCGCCCCUCGCCUGUGCGUUUUUGCGCGCUCGCUCUCUCGACGUCUGUCUGCCUCCCUCUCCCAUCCACGUGGCUUUCUCGGGGAGGGAGCGCUAUAUUAGGAAGGGAGGAAGGAAGAAGCCGAGGCAGCGCUUGGGGAGUGCAUUGUUGCUGCUGCUGCCGCCCCGGGAACGAGAGCGAGGGGAGGAGAGCAGAGCAGAGCAAGAGGAUCCCCCCUCCUUGGCUAGGAUUGGGGAGGUGCCUCCGUCGUGGCUCGGCGGCGGCGGGUACUUUGGAAGGACAAAGGAGGAGCAGGAGGAGAAGGCGGCGUGCAAAGGCGAUGAGAGCUGCCGGGAAGCAGCAGCAGCAGCAGCAGCGGCGGCGCCAGCAGCCUCUCCGGACGCGGUGAGUGCCCGGCGGCAUUGAGCGCCAGGGAUCUCUCCUUCCCGGAUCCGCCGAGAAAGGAGGAGAGGCGGGGAAAGGGACUCUCGCAUCGGCGGGACGAAGAAUACAUCAACAUUCAACAGAGAUGUUUUAGUGCAGAGGGACGAGACUACAUCUGCCUCCUCUGGAUGCUGCAAGAUCUACGAAGACCCCCAGUCUGCGCCCACAUCACCUCUGCUGCAGAACCGCAUAUUCACCGGAGAAUAGAGCGAAAUUGGAGAGCGGCUUUGGCAAAAACAAGGGGAAGAAGCGGUGACCUGCCGUGGCAGGAGAAAAUCCAUCAACAGUGCGCCCAGUGUUCGGAAAAGCAGCCAAGUGAAAGAGGCUGGCAAGGUAGAAAAAAAAGGAGUUUCAGCAUCGUAACAUGGACGAGACUUUUGACUGCCAGCUGCCUGGAACGACAACCUUUGAAUGAGCUAAUCAGCGGCCCUAAUGAAAUAAUUUCCAGAGGAAAAGUGAUUUUUUCGCCCUUACUUAAAGCCUUUUUUUCAUUUAAGGUCUCUCUUCCCACACAGCAAAGAGGUGGGUGGGGGAGUGUUCCUUGACAUUGUUAAUAAUUUCCUCCCUCAAACUGCCGGGGUGGCAAAAAAAGAAACAGAAAAUUGCAGUUGUUUGCUUUCAUUAAACCUUUGGAGGAAUUAGCAGCUGCUGGAGGAGAGCUGAAGGAAAAAAGAGUUGUGAAGGUGGAUGGAUGGAGCCUUUUAUUUUUCUCAUAAAAGGAGAUAAAAGAUGAUCAGGGAUUCAGUCCGGUUUCAGUCGCUCCAGGACAUAGUAAUGUGGGCUGUUCCUUUUGGACAAUAAAGGCAAUUAAGCUACUGUUUGCAGCCUAAACAGAGCCCUGGAAGGAAACCUCCGCUUUUGCUUGCCUCAGCCACUGGCGUUUCACUCGGGCAUCCGGGCUAAGGAGGAGGCGGCGGCAGCGGGUCAAGAUGCUGGCCAUCAGGAAGAGGGGCUUCAAGAUGUUUACUCUUGCCUUAUUGUUUGUCAUCACCAUCACGUCGUUCUUGCUGAACUACAGCCACAACACGGUCAUGGUCGCCUGGGACCCCAAACAGCUCGUCUACCAGUUUUCGGAGCAGUUUCGGAGACUGAUGAAAUAUUCCCGGAGGCCUUGCAGCUGCCGCACGUGCAUUUCUGAAGAGGGGGUCUCGCUCUGGUUCGACGACAGGUUCAACCAAACUAUGCAACCCUUCCUGACCACACAGAAUGCCUUCAUGCCCGAAGACAGCUACAAGUGGUGGCUGAAGCUGCAAGGGGAAAAGAACCCCAAGGGUUUAAAUGAGACCAUCCAGGAGCUGUUUGAGCUCAUCCCUGGAGACGCGGACCAGCUCCUGGAGAGAAGCAGUUCGCGAUGCAGGCGGUGUGCCGUGGUGGGGAACUCGGGUAACCUCAAGCAGUCGCAGUACGGCCAGGAGAUCGACAACCAUGACUUUGUGUUCAGAAUGAACAAAGCCCCCACAGCCGGCUAUGAGUCUGAUGUCGGCAGCAAGACGACCCACCACUUUGUCUACCCUGAGAGCUACAAGGAACUGGGCGAGAACGUCAGCAUGAUAGUCAUCCCGUUCAAGACCCUGGACCUUCGCUGGGUCAUCAGCGCUCUCACCACAGGGACCAUCAACCACACAUAUAUUCCAGUGCCACGCAAAAUCAAAGUCAACAAAGGCAAGAUCCUGAUUUAUCACCCCUUCUUCAUAAAAUACGUUUAUGAUAACUGGCUGCAUCAUCAUGGGAGAUACCCUUCAACAGGCUUCCUGUCAGUUAUAUUUGCUCUUCACAUCUGCGAUGAGGUGGACCUUUACGGCUUCGGAGCCGACAGCAAAGGGAACUGGCACCACUACUGGGAAAACAACCCAUCAGCCGGGGCUUUCCGCCAGACGGGCGUCCACGACGGGGAUUUUGAAUCCAACGUAACGUUGACUCUUGCCUCGGUCGACAAAGUACGCUUUUUCAAGGGCAGAUGACCCCGGUCACGGGGAGCGCUGUGAUUUCUGACUUAUGGGGAAUACAGAGACUUUUGCCGAAACAAAAGGGGUCUCGGAGUUGACUGUAUCUCACGCCUUAGCCAACAAAGCCAGGAACGACCGCCGGGUUGCAGAUUGCAAGCGGCAUUGCUGGGUUCCCGAGAUUUCUUUACCGUUUGAAGGAUGCGGGAGGAUUCCUCUUCCUGCUUCGUCACUCUCCCUUUCGUGAGACAUUUCCACUCUGUAAAUCUUGCCUUGUGCAAGUUAAAGGAAACAAAAGUUAGAUCCCGACGCCCAACCCCCUUUCGUCUUUCUGAGAACGCAUAUCUUGAGCUUUCAUUUUCUCUGGGACCGAAAACACAGCGAAAGAGAUGCUGGAUUUCAUUCCUGACAACAGUGGAUGUGAAACACCCUCUCCGUUCACAAAUUACCUCAAAAAGGAGCUAAUUCUGUUUUUUAUCUUCUCCCAGGAGCUGCGUCCUUGCAAGACCUCCGAGCUCCCAUACUGCAUUAUGAUCAAGUGUGCAUUUGUCACCAGCCGGCAAAAAUUGGCACCAGCUUUCGCUGAGAUUCCUGCAUUGCAGGGGGUUGGACUAGAUGGCCCUUGGGGGUCUCUUUCAACUCUAAAAUAUUAUGAUUCCAUUAUUCCAUUUGCCAAGAGCUGGGAAUUUUGAAUGAAACACUUUCCAGUUAUUACUGUGGAUUUUCCCCCCUGUGUGAAAUGUAUUUGCUCUUCUUCAUAGCCAUAAUUAAGGAGGGAAAAGAUUUUUUUGGGGGGGGUUGAAUAUGAAGAUAUAAGAAGCUGGAGUAAACUAGUCACUAUUGUUUACCUUUUAAAAAUGUCUUUCUCGCCGCUUCUGAGCUUUCGACUCUGCUACCAAUCAGAGAAAUGAAGUUAUUUUUAUAUCUCUAUAAAUUUUUGUCAUUGACAUGUGCCUUUCUGAAAUAUCAAGAAUACAAAAGGGAGAGUCGUUUUGUCUUGUUCGGCUCUCACCGAGACUGAAAUCCCUCGAUUAAACCUUUUUUACAUAUAUAUAUAUAUAUAUAUAGGGAAAUAAUUGACCAAAGUUCAACGCUACUUACCGUCAUCGGUUUUUUUUAUCGACAGCUUUCUUCAGUCUACUUGAAAGGUUCGCGAGCAACAGUCAUGUUUCAGUUUUGUUUAUGAGAGAGAGAAACGUUUUUGCCUUAUUUUAAAAUAAUGUGGGUUUUUUAAUUUAAAAAAGAAGAUAUUUUUUUUUGGCUUCUAUUUUUUACUUCUGUAGUAGGUGGCUCCUGUGUGAAAUUGUCCUGAAAUGGAAGGAAAUUGUCUCCACCUCAGGAGGAUAUUGUUCAAGGGCUACAUCGGAGGAGUGAGCAGAAUCAAGAUGUGAGAUCCAUGGCCAGGGAAUGGGAUUACUUGGGAGUAAGUCCCCAGCGAACUCCAUGCAGCUUACUUCUGCGCAGGCAAGCAAAGGAUCGCACCGUCAGGAACCUUAUAAAGAAUGAAAAGAGGAAGGGAUGAUCUCCACAGUUGACAAGGCCCUUAAGUGAAGGUGACUGGAAGAGAUUGGUCUGGAACGUUGUAGAAAGCAUCCUCUUCCGGAGAAUGAAGUGAGGGGAAGCCAUCCUUAACAAAGCAUUUGCCACAGGAACUAAUUGUGAGACUGUUAGGAAGACGGCCGUGUGGCGGUUUCAAGAAAAUGGUGAUGGGCAGAUCCACGUUAAAGUCGCCUCGUGGCGCUGGUCAUGGGACCUCUUGAGGGGAUGUUGGGGGGGCGGUCACAGUGAUUCUUUGUCCUGAAAAUCCAGAUGGUUAUGCUACCUUCUUAUUUCCUUUUAAAAUAAAUAAAUAGUGUGUAUCUAUUUUAAUUGUCCCUAUAAAAAGGAGAGAGAAACCCUUUCUGAAAAACUCUCCGAAAUAUCUCGUACAAGGCUUUUUAGUUCUUACGGGCAACCGACAUCUGAGAAUAAACACAAUUAUUAUUUUUAAAUAAAUAAGAAUGCAUAAACCAGCUGUAUUUCAGCAGGAAGGGGACGACGUGGGGAUCAGGAUGGUUGCUUUUUCCUCAAAACAAGAGCGGCCAGAUUUAAGGACGUCUUUUGAAAACUUGCCAUUUGACCCUUAGCCCCAGUGGGUUGCCGUCGUUAAUUUCGCGGCGCAGGUGUAGUUCGAAACCUGUUCGAAACGAGUGCCGCAGCAAGGAUAUUAUUGUCUGCCCCAGAAUCGUUUAGAUUCCCUGGCAGGGUUGCCAGUUCCUUUUGCCCGCCUCUGCGCCUGUGCCUUUCACAGCAACAUGAUCCGCAAGCGGCUAAUUCUUAUCUCCACAUUGUGGGAAGCGUCGCCUGCAGAUCAGGGUCGCUGCUCAAAAUGCACAAGAGCAGGCCAGACUGCCCCAAUUAAUUGGGAACCCUAUUUUACAGACUGGAAAUAAUGUUGUUUUUUUCAACAUCGUACUCUGAGCUUAUAGGGUCGGAACAACAUCCGAAUAAAUCAAUUUAUAGUUAGCACCCGAGGAGGACUGAGCUCAGAGGCACUUGAGAUGCAUGUGAAAGAUUCUAGUUUCAGUCCCUGAUGUCCCGUCCCCCUUUAAAAGGAAGUCUGGUUCAUCAUUGCAUGAGAUCUGGAAAAACCUUCUUCCCUGCAAGGACAGAAAGAACUGAGACACAUGGCUUGGCUUCGGGUGGUGCACUUACCCUGAGCACAAUCUGGGACUGGGUCAGAAUUGUGAAAUAGGCUUAAUUUAUUCCUUGUUCCAGGACGCGAGUGGCGCUGUGGGUUAAACCACAGAGCCUAGGACUUGCAGAUCAGAAGGUCGGAGGUUCGACUCCCCACGACGGAGUGAGCUCCCGUUGCUCGGUCCCUGCUCCUGCCAACCUAGCAGUUCAAAAGCACUUCAAAGUACAAGUAGAUAAAUAGGUACCACUCCGGUGGGAAGGUAAAUGGCGUUUCCGUGCGCUGCUCUGGUUCACCAGAAGCGGCUUAGUCAUGCUGGCCACAUGACCUGGAAGCUGUACACCAGCUCCCUCGGCCACUAAAGCGAGAUGAGCGCCGCAACCCAGAGUCGGUCACGACUGGACCUAAUGGUCAGGGGUCCCUUUACCUUUACCUUAUUCCUUGUUCCAGUAUUUUGAGGGGGUUUUUUCAAUCAAGUAUGUGAAUAUAUGUAUUGUGUUUCUUUUAAAAAGAAAGAUAAAAAGUUCUAGGUUGGUAGGGAGAAUGAAAACAUAUGGAGUAGCGAAGGAAGGCAGUAAUGAAGGAAGGAUAGAAAGUGGAAGUUCGUAGGAAGGAGAAGAUCUGCUUUGAGCGCACAGGUGUCCCGACCACAGAACGUCCCUGUAAAUGUCUGAGCAGGCAGAAAUGCUUAUGGGUUUUCUCACUUAGCCAUGAGGGCUGCAGGUUGUGUGUUUGUGUGUGUUAGCAACCCCUGCUCUCUAGUCAGGGGCAGGGACUGCACUGUCCUCACUCAGUCUCAGUGAGAGCUCAGAUUGAUGCCUUUGUUUCCCACAAGCCAGGGAGACAUCCAACAGGGAAAGCUUUCCCUAAGCUCCCAAAUGUUGUGAUGAGAAGCAGCUUCCCCGGUUGGAUUUCUGCCUGUCCUGGUGGAAGAAUCCCUGCCAGAAGGCGGAGACAAACUGCUACCCUUAGCCCAAUCAAACUAUUCACCAGCCCACCUCAGCAGAGCUUGGAGCAUAAGAACAUAAAUAAAAUGUUCUCAAAAGAGCUGCUUAUUUGGUUAUCCUCCAUAAUGUUUUCUUCUUCUUCCGGAACCUGUGGUAUUAUUUUUUUAAGGAAAGAAAUCACUCUUAAGAAACUUGUCGGCUUAUCAUUUUUAAAUCAAGGUGUGUUUGUUGAGUGGGUAUAAUUUCUCCCCCUUCUCCCUUCCCUAUUGGGUCGUGUCACUGCUUUUUGCAGAAUUCUCUUCUGCGUUCUGCUUAUACUUCUGGCGUCUGAUUUGGCAAGGCUGCAAGUUCCCAAGCAACUUAGGCGCACGUACCCAAAAAUCCCUUGCUUCGAUAUUUGAGCCUUUAAAAAACAGGGCUUUGGGCAUUGUUUGGAGAUGGACUCUCAGCAAGCAGGUCCAGUGGUCACAGACCAGCCCUGCUUUAAUGGGUGAGAUUCUUUGUCCAGUAGCUUUCGUGAGCGUUCAGAAAGUGCAUCUUCUCCGCUUGGCUGAGAAGAAGGCGACAUUGUCUCUGUUUACCUCUAGGCAGCAAAGCCAGCAUUUCUCACUUUUCUGAUACCAGGUGAUCAGUGAUUUAUUGAUUAAAAAUGGAAGCUAAUAUGACAGUCAAAAUGACAAGGGUUUUCUCAUUUUCCAGCAAAACUCUAGUAACCAGUAACACUCUAUAGCUGUCUUCCUGCUAUGAUCACAGCGAGGGUUACCAACUUUAUAUAUAUAUACACCUACUUGUGCUCUUGUGCCUUUAACAACAACUUGAACUGGAGGUAGUGGGCAGAUGCGCUGAACUCAAUUGCCUAAUUUAAAUCCAUUUCAACAGGGUCUGCCUGAGCUGUUGGCUGCAACCUUCCAUUCUGCGCAGAAGCUUUUACCCACCAAUUAUUUUGAAGGUGGAGCGGGUGUUAAAGGCGGAGGAGCAGGCCUAGAUAGGUUUCCUGAUCAUUUGGUGACCUUAAUCACAGAAAUGUCGGUGGGGGCAAGGGUCAGGUGCCAGACCCUGCAAGCUCCCCUUUUGAGGAAAGAACUGUAGCUCAAAAGUAGAGCUUUGCAUACAGAAAUACCUGGUUCAAUUACUGGUGUUGCCCAAUAGCGCUGAAGUAUCCCUGCUAAAUUAUCUUUUUAAAGUAUUUAUGUGUAGGUGUGGGUGUUUUGAGCAAAGCCAAAUUUCUUUGACACUUGUCUCCAGGGUUGUCGUCAAAGUCUUCUUUCUAUCUAUCUUUCUUUCUUAUACUACUCUUUAUAUGAUCACUUUUCUCUCUCCAAAUGAAGGAUCACUUUGUUUUAUUUGGCGACAUCUUAUUUAUUGUUGACAUUUUCAAUACGAUGCAAAUGACUUCAAAUAAAUUUUUGUAUUGUAAUCACC